GAAGGGUUCUGUCAGCGUAAAAGGGGACGGGGUUAGUUGAUGCAAACGAAAACGGGGCUGGAUAUACAGCGGCUUGUCAUUGGCUGUCACCGUGAGUAAACGGAGCUGUGAUUGGCGGACGGGGGAGAUGCGCUGGCUGUGGAAAGUUCGGGGUUCCGUGCUGUGAGGUGGCGCUCUCGUGAGAUUGGACGAUGUCGGAGGACUGGGAGGGGAAGACGCUCGGACUCCACCCAGAAGAGGUGCGCUUUGACUCGGGUCUGGCGGACUCUCUGCAGUCUCUGCAGGAUGAAGGUCUCUCCCGAUAUCCCGGAACCUCCAAUCCGGACUCCUCCUCCCUCCACCACCAGUCCAAGGAGCAGCAGGCUGAGGCUCAGGACUCGGAGCGUAUAGACUCCUCCUAUGGAUCCGCCUCCAUCACAGAUAGCCUGCCCCCUACUGGACACCCCGAGAGCACCGAACCCACCCCACGGACUCUGAUUGGGGAACCGGACAUCCUGGUGGCAGAGAGGGCUCCACAGACUGGCACUGUGCCCCUUACAGAGGACACUCCCCCAAUUGGCACAGAGCCCAACCCACAGACUGCCAGCCUUCCCCCUAGGGGGGUCACCGGGAGCCUAGGCACCGAGCACAUCAACAGCUUCACCUACCUGUCAGAGGAGGGCGACACGCUCUUGCACCUGGCUGUCAUCCACAACAUCCCUCAGCUGUCUCACUACUUCAUCUCACUGGCCCCCAAAGAACUCCUGGACAUCCAGAAUGACCUGUACCAGUCUGCGCUGCACCUUGCCGUCUACCUCGAUCAGCCGGAGGUGGUGGUGGCACUGCUGGGAAAAGACGUCAACCUGGAACUGCAGGACCGCAAAGGUGACACGGCUCUACAUGUGGCCUGUGAGAACCAGCAUCUCGACUGUGCUAGAAUCCUCUUGCGGGGCCCCAGGGGGCCACAAAACUUACAGCUACAAAAUUGGAAAGGUCUAACCUGCCUGCACAUCGCCACCAUGAGGAGAAAUCUGCCCCUCAUCUCUCUUCUUCUGGACAGUGGAGCCAAUAUCAAUAGUCAGGAAGGUACCAGCGGAAAGACUGCCCUGCACCUGGCUGUGGAGAUGUUGGACGGCCAGCUGGCUGCUCAUCUUUUACAAUAUCGCCCUCAUGUGGACGCUUUAAUGUACAACGGCUGUACCCCCCUCCACCUGGCUGUUGGCAGAAAGGAUAUUGAACUUGCCAGACUUUUGUGCCAAGCUGGGGCAGACAUCUUACAGAGAAAUAGGGAGGGGGACACCCCUCAGGACCUGGCGGAGGGAAAUAACCUGCUUCUUCCUCUUCUGCCCUUCGAUGAUCUGAAGAUCUCCGGGAAACCUGUUGUGACCACCGCGUGAGCGCCUGCGCUGAUUCUUUGUGACACAAUGGAGCCGUCUCAUUCACAAUGGACAUAAUGAGAGGCUCGGGGGGACAAUGACCACAAGGACGGCGCUCUUUCCCACCAUAGUGGUGAUUGGACUUCUAUUUUAUUUUUAUACAUGUAAAGGGGUGUUUGGCUCUUUUGAGCCGUUCUCUAUUCUGCAGAAAUGAAGAACUGGAGGAGCCGUAUUUUUUGUAUAAAUUAUAUCCGGAGCAGAGCCGCCUUUGGUGCGGCAUUUCCAGACGCACUUUUGUAGGAUGUUGCUGGACUUCGGGGCUUCCAGAGCGGUCACUUCACACAGCCGUCGCAUGCGUCCCUAAGAAGGCGCUCCUUACCUGGACUCUGUAUGAACUUCUCUCCCCCCCCCCCGAUUAUCAUUUCCUACAUUCCACCCCCCUACUGUUUUCUAUUCCACAUUAGUUACCUCACCCAGAAAUGAUUGCUUACCUCUGGAUCAUACAAUCUGGUAUCGGAACAGUAUGUAUAUAGCUAGCUGGGAGGAGCUUUGUUGAAAUCUUUUAAAGGCCAAGUCCACCUUGUUGCAUAAUAAAACAAAAUAAUAAUUGCAUCCAUA